AUGAUGGUCGCGGAGCAACUACGCCUGAGCGCCACGGCUACCCAAGGCUGCAAGUUCUCCAGCCCGCGCUCCGCAACAGGGGACGCCACCGCGGACGCCCCAGGGAACUGCCCCGCCCAAGAUGGCGCCCGGACCAAGACUGCGACAGCGUCCGCUCCUGAUGGGUCAGCUCGCUGGCUUCAAGCCCUCCCCACCCUGCCUCUCCAACCCGAGUCUGCUCAGGGGUUCCCCAACGAACUGGACAAAUCAGGACAAGGAGUGUGA